AAACACUUGUUUGAAGUACACUCUGAGCUCUGCAAAGUUGCUGCGGAGUGGAAAGGUCUGGGUCUGGCCCUGAGACUCCAUCCUGGUACCCUUGACACCAUCGAGGCAGACUGUCGCGAUGUUCAGAGCUGAGUCUCAGGGAGGACCUGACCCAUUGGCUGAAGAAGGCUUACGACAGUCGGAGGUUCGGAGCUCCGUCAUGGCAGCUGCUUGUGGCUGCAGUGGCCCACCCUGCCGGGGGAAACAACCCUGCCCUCGCCCACACCAUCGCUCACAAUCACAAUGUAAUUCCACCUCCAGCCCACAACUGAGUGCAAGACCCGACACAUUC